ACAUGGAUUAUUGCAUCAGCUGCUCAGAAGAUCAGUACCCAAAUAAGGGAAAGGAUCACUGCCUCCCCAAAGUCCAGACCUUCCUCUCUUUUGAAGAACAUUUGGGUAUUUCUUUAGCAACACUGUCUCUAUACUUUUCCCUGGUCACAGCUCUGGUACUUGCAGUCUUCAUUAAGCACAGGGAAACUCCCAUUGUCAAAGCCAACAACCGAAGCCUUACCUAUAUUCUCCUGAUCGCUCUCCUUCUUUGCUUCCUCUGCUCUUUGCUCUUCAUUGGACAACCCAAUAAGGUGACCUGCCUGCUCCGACAAACAGCAUUUGGCAUCAUCUUCUCCAUUGCUAUUUCUUCAGUUUUGGCCAAAACUAUUACAGUGGUUGUUGUUUUCAUGGCCUCCAAACCAGGAAGCAUUUUCCGGAAAUGGGUGGGGAAAAGAUUGGCACUUUCAAUUGUCUUUUCCUGUUCUCUUACUCAACUAGGCAUUUGUGCUGUUUGGUUGGCCACAUCUCCCCCAUUCCCAGGUCAGGACAUGCAAUCAGUGUUUGGAGAAAUCAUUGUGGAAUGUAAUGAAGGGUCAGUCUCCAUGUUCUACUGUGUCUUGGGCUACAUGGGUUUUUUGGCAACCAUCAGUUUCAGUGUAGCUUUCCUAGCCAGGAAGUUGCCAGACAGUUUCAAUGAAGCCAAGUUCAUCACCUUCAGCAUGCUGGUCUUUUGCAGUGUGUGGCUCUCUUUUGUUCCAACCUACCUGAGCACCAAGGGGAAAUACAUGGUAGCUGUGGAAAUCUUCUCUAUCUUGGCCUCCAGUGCUGGGUUGCUAGGCUGCAUCUUUUCUCCAAAAUGCUACAUUAUUGUUUUGAGGCCUGAGUUGAACAACAGGGAACAGCUAAAACGAAGAAAUAAUUGA